CCAAACCCCAUAUUAUAUUAACUUCUUCUCCUCUGAACAAAAUUGUUGCCAAAAAAAAAAGAAAUGAAGAUUUUCAAGCCCUCUCCUUCCUUUAACUUCCUUCUGGUUCUCGUCAUAUUCACUUCGGUGAAAAAUAUGGUUUCAAAAGUGGAAGCAGGCUGUGAACUAGCUGUAAAAGGUGGCGGUUGUCCUGAGGUGAAACAGUGCGCUGAAACAUGCCGCCCUUGUUAUCGAGGGAUAGGGCAGAUCACAGCCUUCUGCCGCUCAGCUGGCGGCGGGAUUCCGUUCGAUGAAUGCAUGUGUUACUUCUCCCAUGGUGCACCUUGUAAACUACCGGCUCCACCACAGUGUCCGGGUCAUCCUGUUGUUAAUAAUACCACUCUUGACUAAAUUUGCAUGAAAAUCAAUAUUAAUCAACUUUUUUCUUCUUUAAUAAUUGCUUCAUUUUAGCCAUCUUUUGAUUGAGUUGGAGAGAUGUUGAGGCUAGUGAUAUCAAUCAAAUUAAUGCUAUUAAAUGAGUAUUCAGUUUGUUUGGUAGAAA